AAUAAUGUUAUUUCAAAUAUAUACUAUAAAUGUUCUAGUGGAUGUACCAUUUGAUUUACUGGUAUUGUGUUGCUAUUUAGGCGAAUUAUUGGUAGCACAUACAGAAAAUCUUAAGAAGAUAAUUGAUAACAUAAAUUUAACAAGAAAUAAAAAACGUAAUUUUAUUAAAUUGCAACCUGUUGUCAUGUAUAAUCAAAAGAUUUUCAGGGUGUGUCAGUGUGUUAUUGAUUAUUGUACCAGCUUUCUAUUACCAGCAAAAGUAUUUAUUAUAAUUUUGUUAACUAUUGCAACUACUAAAUUUGUUCUGGUAUGUCAUGCUGUUGUAGAACGACUUACUAACGCGGUGUGCAGUGUGGCGGAAACCGUGUAUAACAUGAACUGGUACGAUGCGGAUGUAUCAACACAAAAAGACGUUUUAAUCUUAAUUUGUUUGAAUCAAAAGGCAUUAAAAGUGGAAUUGCCUUUUAUUCGUGAAUUAUCACAUGAAGCUGCAGCAAUGGAAUUCAAAAAGGUUUAUGUUUUUUACAACUGGAUAUUAAAAGUUACGAAGCAAAGAAACUUUUAAAAUAAUACACCUUUAUAUUAAGAUUUUAAU